AAUGAUUUGGGUGAAGCCUUUUCUCAUUUAGCAAAACAAUAUGGUGGAAUAGUUAGAUUUCAUGGCUUAUUGAAUAAGCCAUAUCUCUUAAUUACUGAUCCAAAACUCGUACAAAUGAUAUUGAGUCGUCCGUAUGAUUUUCCGAAGUUCAGGAUUAACACCGCUAUAUUCAAGGAGUUAAUUGGUGAAGGCAUUACACUUGCUGAAGGAAAUUCUCAUAAACGACAAAGAAAAAUGAUGUCUCCUUCAUUUUCUUUUGCCAAUGUCAAGGAAAUGAUUCCAACAUUUGUUCAAGCUGGCCAUAAUUUAAAAGCUAUCUGGAUGAAAGAAAUUGGUAAUAAGAGAGAGGAAAGAAUUACGAUUACAGCUAUAAUCUCAAAGAUAACUUUGGAUGUUAUUGGCCUUCACCGUCUAAAUCCCUUAUACAUGGAUCUAUCCAAUCUCCUUCCGUUUAUCAGAAAAUUUCCAACACGUGAUAACAAUAAAUAUUAUGAUUCUAUUAAAACUAUCAAUAAUAUUUCCGAGAAACUGCUUGCUGAUCAAAAAAAUUGUCCUGUUCAGGGAACAGAUUUAUUGUCAUUAUUGGUAAAAUCAAAUGAUCAAUUACCCGUUGCCGAACAAUUAACUCAUUAUGAAUUAGUUAGUCAGGUUAAGACAUUUAUCUUAGCUGGACAUGAGACCACCAGUGUUGCAUUAUCUUGGACACUAUACUUUCUCGCAGCAAAUCCUGAUAUUCAAUAUCGUCUUCGCAAAGAAAUACUUGCUAUACUUCCUGAUCGUGAUUGUCAUCCAACUUUUGAUCAAAUUGAACAAUUGAAAUUUUUAGAAUGUGUCUUUAAGGAAGUUUUAAGAAUCAUUCCACCUGAAUUUAAAUCUAUAUUAGCUGUGAUUAUUAGAAAUCUUGAGUUUAAAUUAGUUGAAGGGUUUACCUUUGAAAAGAAAUAUGGUGGUACAAUUAAACCUAAUCCCGGAAUUGAUCUAUUGGUUUCAAGUGUAGAUUGUUAA